CAUGAUCCCCACUCCGGUUCCCAGGUGCCUACACCGCCGCCGCUCUCACCUCCCCACGGCCGCCGCGCAUCCCCCUCCUCGCCCCCAGCUCACCACAGGCAGGUCCGCAGCGACCUUGCAAGCCGCACGAGUCGAGACCGAACCCCCUCGCGAACCCCUCAACCAUCGCUGCCGCCGGUCACCAUGGGCAAGUUCCGCAAGCUCGGCCGGCACGCCGCCCACCGCGUGUCCAUGCUCAGGACGAUGGUGUCGCAGCUGGUGAAGCACGAGCGCAUCGAGACCACCGUCGCUAAGGCCAAGGAGGUGCGGCGAAAGGCAGAUCAGAUGGUGCAGCUCGGAAAGGAGGGUACACUGGAUGCUGCCAGACGUGCUUCUGCUUUUGUUCGGGGUGAUGAUGUUGUUCAUAAGCUAUUCACAGAGCUUGCCUUCCGCUACAAAGAUCGAGCCGGUGGGUACACCAGACUAUUGCGUACCAGGAUACGUAUUGGUGAUGCUGCACCAAUGGCAUACAUUGAGUUUGUCGAUAGGGAGAACGAACUUCGGGAGUCUAAACCUGCGACACCACAGCCACCUCAACGAGUCCCUCUUGAUCCAUGGGCAAAGUCUCGUGCUAGCCAACAGUGGGCAGGACCUAAAGUCAGCAAGAGCUCCAAGACAGAAGGCUUGUGAGAACAAUAUCCAUGUUGUGUUUACUUCCUUGAAAGCACACCCACUUUCUGUAGAAGGCUCCAAUGCUUUGCCUGCCGUUACUGCCAAUAAUUCAAACUUAUAAUGGUAUCUUGUAACCUCAUGAGACGUGCGCAUGCAAUUCAUUGGUUGAAGAUUGCGAGGCUGUCCAUGCAGAUGUUUUGGCCCGAGACGUAUUUCUUUUCCUUAUUUCUGAUGUAUUACUAUUAAAGAAUCCCUUGGCAAAUUCAUGGUCGCUGUCAUGUGUACACCAGUUCCAUGUUUUCA